AUGUCUCUUCUUGGUAGAAUUCUGGUCGCUUUUCUCUUCCUUAUCGGAGGCUGUUUUCCAAUUGUGAUCCGGAAAAAGAAGAUGAGAUGCCAAAGGAAUGGAAGGAGUUGUUCUUGUACAGAUUAUCAAACAUCUAGUCAAGAAUCGAUCGACUCUAUCGACAGUAUGUCCGUUGAAGAGCCAAGCACAUGGCAAAGGCCAGCCAAAGGGAGGAAACGAACGAGGACCAUCUCAGGAGCUUCGAACUUUUCUGGUACAUCUACGUUCUCAACACUGAGUGAGAAAGACAGGAUGUGGCUCCAAGCUUUUCGCUUUGCGGGAAGAUAA